AAGACGAGGCAACAUGGCUCCCGGAGGUGGAAGGCAGAAGCUUCACCCGCUUUGAAGCAGUGAAGAAGAGCAGCGGAGGGCAACGGGAAAAAGAGAAGUGACUAGGAAUUGUCGUCGCUUUUACCUCCCCAGCCUCUUCUGAGUCUGGUCAGCCUCACCUCUGCUCUUCACCCGCACCCAGUCUGUGGUCUCCUCCCCUCCCCGCCCACGUUCCCUCGCCCCUCCCGUCGCCAACCCUUUCCCCGCCCCCUCCCCCAUACCCCCCGCGAAGUGCGCACGCGCCCGCCUCCAGCUUCGCGCGGGGAUCGCCGCCUGGCCCGCUUGCGCAGCCGCUGUUCCUUCUGCCCACGGAGGAAGCAUGGGCGUCCAGGGCUUCCAAGAGUUCCUGGAGAAGCGCUGUCCCGGGGCCGUGGUGCCCGUGGACCUCCUCAAACUCGCGCGCACCGUCUCGCGCCAGCAGCAGCAGCAGCAACUGCACCGCCAGCUGCCACCAGCAGCCCUAGCGCCCGGGGCUCCACGCAUCACCAGGGGCUCUGCUCCUCUGCCGCCGCCGCUCCCGCCUGCCGCCUUUGGCGCUUACUCCGGGGGCGCGGGGCCGACUCGGCACCAUCACCCUGCUCACCAUUUCCACCAUCACGGCCAAGCGCCGCCAGGGCUGCCUCCGCCGCCGCCCCCUCCGCUGCCUGGGGCUCGGGUAUUGGUAGAUGCGGGCUCGGCGCUGCCGCGGCUCUAUGGUGGCUACCAGACGGAUUGGGUUUGUGGCGGCCAGUGGAAUGCCAUGCUGGGCUACUUGUCAGCGCUGUGCCAGGCUUGUUCCUAUCCGGGCGGCGACGGCCUGGAGCUGGUGGUCAUGUUCCCUGGGGGCCUGGGGAAAGACCGACUGGCCGAAUGGGGCCGUCGGUGCCAGGCGGAGCGGCAGACUGCGCAACUGAUCGUGGGACACGUGGGCAACAAGGGCACCCCUCCACCGCGGGCCUGGUUCCUGCCACCUGCCUGCCUGAGCCACUGCGUGAGGCUAGCACUCAUCCGCUUCCGGGUCAAGGUCUUUCAGAGCCUGGAAGACCACCAUUUGGAAGUGGUGGCUUUUUUCAGAGAAAAUGGCUUUCAUGGUCUUCUUGCUCAUGACUCCGAAUAUGCGCUCUACAAUAUUCCAUCUUACUACAGUUCCCAUGCGCUGAAGCUCAGCUGGAAUGGGAAGAACCUCACAACCAACCAGUUCCUGAUGCAGGAAGUGGCCAAGCAGCUCGGUUUGAAGCGAAUAAAUUUCCCCAUAUUUGCUGCACUGCUUGGUAACCACAUUCUACCUGAUGAAGACUUGGCUGCUUUUCACUGGAGCCUUUUGGGACCAGAACAUCCUCUUGCAUCACUUAAGGUCCGAGCUCAUCAGUUGGUUCUUCCACCCUGUGAUGUCGUGAUCAAGGCUGUUUCUGAGUAUGUUAGCGCCAUCAAAGACCCCUCAAAUCUGGAUGUGGUUGGGAAGGAUGUUUUCAAACAGUCUCAGUCUAGGACAGAAGACAAAAUAGAGCGAUUCAAGAAAGCAGUUGAGUACUAUUCAGUCACAACCAAAAUCUCUUCACUGCCAGUGGGUCCUUCCUUUCUAGGCUUUCGAAAUAAUCGGCUUGGAAAUCCUCCUCUUCCACGGAAUCAAAUGGGCCCUAUUUCUACUGGAAAGCCAGUGUUUUCUCGCCAGGUGCCCCAGAAAGUGAAAUAUCCUCCACCAUUUCCAGUGGGACCCAACUCGCCUCUUCUCUUCCCUCAUGGUGUGGGGGAACCCCACGCUUUUCCUGAAGAUCCCAUGCUACAGGACAGUUCCUUUAACAACUGGGCUGUUUCUUAUGACUCUUCAGCACCCCAGUUUCCUAACUGCCUGCCUUCCAAAACUUCACCUCCUUUGGGACCAGAUUCUUCACACUCCUCUUCCUCUGAUGCUGAUGAGGCAAAUGGAGCCGGUUCUGAUCACAUCCCAGAAGCACUUCCACAACAGCCUGGAUGGGAAGAUUCCAGUGGUGACAGAGGGUCUUGGGUACAGCCUGCUGAUGCUGGAGUUUCAGAACCUAGCAUAAGUGAUAGCGAACCUCACAUCCCGUCUCUGUUAUCUAUGUCUACAAGGAACCACAUGGACAUCACCAUUCCACCUUUACCUCCAGUAGCUCCAGAAGUCUUGAGAGUUGCUGAACACAGACACCGAAGGGGUCUUAUGUAUCCGUACAUUUACCAUGUCCUUACUAAGGGUGAGAUUAAAAUCCCCGUAUGUAUUGAGGAUGAAUGUAACAUGGAGCUGCCUCCAGCUGCUCUCCUGUUCCGGUCAGCUCGCCAAUAUGUAUAUGGAGUUCUCUUUAGCCUAGCAGAGACACAGCGGAAAAUGGAACGUCUGGCCAUACGGCGGCGGUUACCGCUGGAAGUUCCUCCUGUGAUUCUUAAGGAAUGGUCUGCCUAUAAAGGGAAAUCACCUCAAACCCCUGAGCUGGUGUCGGCACUCACAUUUCGGGAAUGGACUUGCCCAAACCUCAAGAAGCUCUGGUUAGGCAAAGCAGUUGAGGACAAGAACAGGAGGAUGCGGGCUUUCCUGGCCUGUAUGAAGUCAGACACGCCCAGUAUGCUCAAUCCAGCCAAUGUUCCCACACACCUGCUGCUCAUGUGUUGUGUACUCCGAUACAUGGUUCAGUGGCCUGGUGGCCGAAUCCUGCAUCGCCAUGAACUUGACACCUUCCUUGCACAGGCUGUGUCUACCCAGCUUUAUGAACCAGAACAGCUUCAAGAACUCAAGAUUGAGAAACUGGAUGCUCGAGGGAUCCAGCUUGCUGCCCUGUUCAUGAGUGGGGUCGACACAGCUCUGUUUGCUAAUGACGCAUGUGGCCAGCCAGUCCCUUGGGAGCACUGCUGCCCCUGGAUUUACUUUGAUGGCAAGCUGUUCCAGAGCAAGCUCAUUAAAGCGGGCCGAGAGCGAGUGUCCCUGAUUGAACUCUGCGAUGGCCAGGCUGACCUGGCAAGCAAGGUGGAAAAGAUGAGGCAGAGUAUCCUUGAAGGCGUCAACAUGAACCAUCCACCGCCUUCUGCUCUACUUCCGUCACCUACAUUUGUGCCUCCCAUGAUGCCCCCCCUCUAUCCUGUUUCUCUUUAUUCCAGAGCUAUGGGCUCAUUUCCACCUCCCCCUCAAGCAAGGAGUCGGGGCUUUGCAGGUCUCCAUCCAAUCCCACCCCAAGGAGGAAAACUGGAAAUUGCUGGGAUGGUGGUGGGCCAGUGGGCUGGCAGCAGAUCUUCUAGAAGUCGAGGAUCCUUUGGCAUGCAAGUGGUUUCUGUCGGUGGGCCAGGAAAGGGGCAUGGAAAAGAACAGACUGGUAGAGGAUCCAGAGGCCACAAAAAAGGAAAUAAACAAGGCUCUUCAGAUGGAAUUUCUAAAUCCCUGGAGCUUCAUCAAGGUCGGGCCCGCUCCCAGGUGAAUGGAAACAAUAGCACAUUGAUUAUGGAAGAGAAGAGUGAUCAUCUUCCAGCUCCAUCACAAUGUGCCUUAUCCAAAGACAGUAACGUGUGUAAUAAUGAUGACCACUGCCUCCCCGUGAAGAAUGGAGAGAAGAGCCAGGUGCAAGAGCAAGAGCAAGAGCAAGAGAAAGAGAAAGAGCAAGAGAAAGAGAAAGAGACUGUGGCCCAAGAGAAAGAGGAAUGACAAACUGAAGAUAGCUUCACUUGUCAGGAAGAGGAGAAAACUAUACUUUUCUGAUUCUAGGCCCAAGUUAGAGGAGGAUAUAAAUGUUUCCCCUAGGUUUAUCCAGGAUUUUAAGGGGAUACACAUUUAUUGUGUCCAUCUUUCCUUCCCUAUCUUCUCUGGCUCCAGACUUAGAACCUUGGAGAUUUCUGGUUAAAGAUCAAUAGCAGCAACACUAAACUCAGAUUCUCAAAUACAUAGCACCAACAUUUUCCUUCUAUAUCCUGGAAGUCUGGUGAGGCAGUAACUGUCAGGAAGCAGAUGUUAUCUUGUAAGUCCUAUGGAAAAGUUCUGGCUUUGGUUUUCUGAGUAUUUAAUAUAAUACUCAUUUAUAAAUGUCAAUGAAAAUAAGGGGUUUAAAGGUAAGCUAUCUAUGGCUUCCUCAAUUUUUUUUUGUCUUUAAGGUAAUGGAACCUUGAUACCUAGAUACCUAGUCAGUGUCCUCCCUUCUCUUUCCCCCAACUAACCCACCCAGGAUUUUGUGUACCACCUCUAGCUUUGGCCUGACAAUCAGAUAGGUAGAUGUUUUCAGGGAAGUAGACAGUGUUGGUUUGGGUUAUUUUAUUUAAUUUUUUUAUUUUAUACACUUAAAAAAACUACAAUGGCCUUUGUACUGGGAGAUUCAAGUGAGUCAGAAAAGUACUGGGCAGAUUUUUCCUGCCUCCCAACCAGUGCAUUGUUUAUAAAGUAGAAGAUAUGGUGCAGUUCACCCACUAUCUGCUGCCCACACUCUAAAAGGGUGGGAAUCAAUGUUAUGAAACUGAGUACAAAAGGGACUCAAAAGACUCUAUGUGUGUGUACAUGUGUAUAGGCGUGUGUGUGGGUGUAUAUAUGAACAUGUGUAUCUAUAUGCAUACACAUACCCUUUAUAUAAGAGACAGAUCUAUUUAUCUAUACAUAUUUUAUAUAUAGAAAUGUGUGUAUACAGAUAUAUAUACACAUACAUACAUGGUAAAGUUCCAGAAGAUUUACUGAAUUUCCCAGAAAUGCUUCCACUGCUAUGGAAUGGUGGGUUUCAAAAGACCAUACUUCAAAUCUGAAAUCCUUGCUAAGUCACAGCCUAUCACAAUUCUGAGAAGAUAGGCUACUCUAAAUCAGACACAAAGUCCUUUCCAGAGAUCGCCUGUUCAGAACAACAAAUACUUCACUUUGAACAGAGCCCUCACAUCCCAUAUGCUGAGAACAGGAGGUUGAAAUGGGAUUGGGAAGAGUUGCACAUUUUUAUGAAGGUUUGGAGAUAGAAAGGGAUAGGAAGUGAUUACCAUUUGAAAGGGCUUUCAGCCAAUUUGAAAGAUAUUUCUUGUGGAACUCCAGGAUCAAAUUGGCUUCAGCAAGAAUUGAUUGACAUGACUCUAAGGAGGGAAAAUUAGCACUGGAAUGAUGGGGUGGGGAGAUGUGAGGAGAUUGGACAAUUUGAUUUUACAUGCUUAGAUUGUUUCAUUUAUUCAUUGACAUUUUAACUACAGGAUCUUUUCAUUUGCUUUGCAAGGAAGAUGUCAGAGAACUUGGCCUGGGAUUUGAGAGGUAUUCUUUAGAAGAUUCUCAGUCCCUUUGGGGCCAAGGUCUGCCCAGGAUAAAAAAAAAAAAAAGGCUCUUCCUCCUUGCUGGAGAUAAUCUUAAGAAAACCUUGAUUUCCAGCUUCCCUCAUUUUGGGCAGCCAAAAUGCAAGGGAUGAAAACAUGGCUUAUAACAAACUAGUAGUAUAUCUUCAUUCAGGAAUUGAGGCUUCUAGCCACACACAUCUCCUUUUGGACUUUGAUAUUCUUGCCCAAGAAAUAUCAUUUCUACAAGAAUAUAACUGACUAGACUCCUAGCAGGAUUCUCUCUUUUGGGAAAAAAAAAACCAUGCAUCUUAAUCUACAACAGAUCCUUGGUGAUUUUUUUCCCAAACAACCAGAAGGCUAUGUUUGCUAUCUGUCCAUUCUGUCUCAAGAAACUAAAAUGUCUUGGGAUUCUUAACCCGAGUCUAGUCCAGUUUAAGAGAACUCACAGCUUUCAGGGGACAGUAGCCCAGGUAUGCCUUGCCUCUUGCCCAGACAUUUCCUAAAUAAACCUAAUUAAGGUGGCAAGACUAUGUACCUGGCUGUAUAUAAGCAAAAAAAAAAAAAAAGUAUUUAACACUUCCUUGUUGAAAUGAGCUCCCCUGAUUUGGUCCCCUUUCUGAUCUUGGACCUGCUCAUCCUUUCACAAUACUUUGAAAGUUAGGACUUUUAUAUCCAGUAAGGAAAGGAAUUCAUAGAAAAUGUAGAUGGCUUAGAAUCACCUUCUGAGCCACAGAAGGAUGAAUCCCUUUGGAGCUCUAAAAGUAACCAGAAUCACCGAGUGAGUGAAUGGUUAGCUAUAUGGACAAAUAUUGAGUAGGAAGUACUUGGAGUAAAAUGGUAGUGUUCUUCAGUUGCUGUUUCUGUGCAUCGUGAGUCUAUAUGACACAGUCAGGUGACAGUAUUGUUAACUCUCUCAUCCUUCUCACAACAUGAAGAUUUAUUUUGUAGCCAUUCACUGUGAGAGGUAAAAUUGCUGCUUUGACAGAAAUGAUUCCAGUUUGCCAAAAGACUUGCCCUCCCCCCCCCCUCCACAAACCUCUGCUUCUCCCUAGCCAGACCCAGGGAUGAAACAAGUGGCUUACUUUCAACUUUGAAUUUUGCCUCGAUUUAGCAUUUGGAGUUUGGGAAGUUACAAGAAAGAACUUAUAAAGGGUUAUGUUCCUAGAUUUUGGUGUACCUCCCAAAAUGCACCAUUUAAAAGCCAGGAAAACCAGGGUUCGUUACUGGGAAAUAAGCUUUUUCUAAUUGGAAGACAAAUGGAGGACCUUUGCUGGACCCACUCGAGGAUCUCCUUCUGAUUAUUACUGGACAAAGUCAUGUUGGAACCCCCAAAAUGACUGCUUUACCUCAUAGGAACACAGCAAAAACAAAAACAACCCCAAACCUGGUUUUGUACAGCCACUGAUCCCCCAAGGUCUUGCGGUUCUGCCUGUGUCUUUGGGUCGGCCUGUGACUCCUACCUUUUCUAAGUGACCAGUUCUGACAGACUUCUGUUCCUUCUCAUCAUUUUCAUUGUAUAUAGGUAGGAUUUCAGGUAAAUUGAAGCCCAAGAAAUGGCACUUUCUUUGGCUAGGGACACUUGAUUUUUGUUUCCAUCUGGAUUUUCUAACAUCGUUGGCCAAGUUACCCUAAUAUGUUCAUCUCGGAAAAAAAAAGAAAUAGACAAGGUAUUAGGGGGAGGGGAUGCAAAAAUGUUUAUGUAGGAUAGAAAGAAUGAGAGUAGCCCUUUGGGUAUGAUGAUUCAGCCCUUUGAAACCUUAGAAGGCCCCUGUGGGUAUACAGUGCCACCCUUUCAGCCUCUAACCACCCCACCCACCCUUUGAAAUGACAGUACAAGUAGACGGCAGUUUAAAGUAGUUAGUCUAAUUCUACUAAAGGGUUAAUCGUUGUACUUCUUCACUUUCAGAUGCAUAUUUCCUAAAUAUUCUUGGGGUUUUGAGGGGUAAGUUUUCACGAUUCCAUUGUAUGUUCUCAUGUUUCUCCUUUCCAUCACUGGCUUCUUCUUUUUGAAUGUUCUCCUUUCUUAUUGAUGUAGUCUGCUGGUACAGAUAGCUCAGUGCACCUGUCCCCUUCUAUUGCUGAGUAUCUUCAGUAUUGUCUGAGGAGAUUUUGAUGUUCUAAGAAAAUGUCACUUUUUACAAAAAUCAUCUUUUCUAAGUUAAAAGCAAAAUUAAACAUCCCCUAUGCUGGGGUGCCCAUUUCAGCUUUUGACAUUGUCCCUGUACUUUUAUAGAUGACUUUUUUGUCUGUUAGUAGUAAAUAAUGGUUAGUGAAUUUUCAUGUAAAUGAAGCAAGUUAAAUAUUUCAGAUUUUAUUAAUCUCUCAUAACCCUGCCGGAUCUAUGAAUUCAUUUUAAUUACUUCCCAGAAGGGACUUUCCUUCUACCUUUUAUUUUAUUCUAUUUUUAGACUAACGUACUAGAUUAAAAAACAAAAAAAAAACAAAAAAAAAACAAAAAAACUUUAACUGCAAAAAGUCAGUGUUUUUUUUUUUUUUAGUGCUCCCUGAUAAAUGAUGUUAUUGACAAAAGUAAAUUCUUUCGUUGUUGUUUUUUUCCUGUGCUCUUGACAGUGUGUUUAGUAGAUGGAUAACGUCUUUCUCUUUGCCACUCCCAGAUUCCAAGUUCCCUGCCUUUUGGCCCACCUCACCACAAAAGCUCCAUAGUUUAUUAAUGUAAGUUUGAGUGGAUGCUUCUUGGGGGAAUCUGCAGGACUUAAUGGAAAUGUCUCAGAAAGGAAUGAGAAUGUCUCAGGAGUUCUGUGAUGGAAUUUGAUCUGUUGUUCUGUUAAUGCUGAUGGAAAGAAACUUACAGCGCUUAAUAAAAGUCUAUUCUUUUAGUUUAAAAAUGUAAAA